AUGGUUAGUUCUACCCACCUUCAAACGCCCGAAUAUUGGCUUCCAGAAGACAUUGUACGCUUUUCGGGUGCGCGCCUAUCGAUGGGCUUCAGCCAUGCUACGAUGAGCAGGAGCAGCAGCAGCAGAAGUAACGGUGGCCACCGGAGACAACAACCAGCACCAACGACGCUGCGACAUAAGCCCAGCUCAUCAACCCUAGACAGUGAUCCUUGCUCCGCUGAGAUUUUAUCGUGGUCAGCACUUAUCAACGCCCAAAUGUAUUCCCCUUGCAUCCAAUCCGUGCCCACCGACAUCUCCCGGCCCGUGGUAAACGGGGAAGACGCGGCCUCGCUACUCUCGAUGUGUUUUGAUCCCACAACUCUGGACAUGGGUUUCGAUUACACAUGUCUAGACGGGCUCGACGACAUGCUUCUUCGUAGUCCUAUAGAAGCCUUUACUGAGGCUUGCUGGGAAGAUGCGGUUCGGGUCUCCACGCACCCUGACCGCACUUCCACUCCAACUCCGUCAUGGAGUCUCGACUCCUCCAUUAAAUUCAAGACGAAAGACGUACGCGAAUCGCGGACUCCAACACCAGUCGACAUUACCUUCAACUCGUCUGACGAGUCUGAUGAAUCUGACUCGGACGAGUGUAAGACGUGCCAUGAGGAUGACGAAGCGGCCCUGUCUUUCAGAGCCCCUCCCAUGGACAAAACGAACAAUCACCACCAUCAUCAACAUCAUCACCCAGCAGUUGAUGAGGGCAAGAGCCUGAUGUUCGAUGAUCCCACCGAUCAACUUGCAUUGUUAGGGUUGGAGCUCGAUGCGUCUGCGCGAGCUCGGCACUUUCACGUUACUGACCCGAAUCAAAGUGUCGGGUACUUUCCCAUGCCUGUGAAGCAGAAAAAGCCAUUGUUAAGCACGGGCAGAAUUGCAGCGUUCUGGGGGGGCUUCCCGAAACCGGCGCGGAUGGUGGUGGGUUUGGGCGUCUCUCUUACAAUUCCGGUUGUGCGCGUGGCCGGUUGGGAGGCACAUCCAGGGGAGAUGCAGGCCGAUGAAGGUUUGACGGCAACCGUGGAAGAAAACAAGCCAUUCCGCAGAUCAGGCUCACUCAAGCGUCAGGAUGUUGCCCUUGUCAAUUGUCAAGGUGGGUUGAACUCAAAAUACGUGCCCCAUUCCAAAAAUGUCUGGUACAUGCCUUCGACCUUGUUCUUGAUUCACUCGUUGUUCAGGGAUACAUGGGUCAAAAGUUGUGCAAAAUUUGACAUGGUGUACGAUGGACCUGAACUCCGAGCUAGUAUCUCUGUUGGUGGUCAAGGCAGUUUGAUGAAAACUGUCUUUUGA